AUGCCUACAAUGUGGUUGUCGGACACGCAGAAAAUUGGAGUGGCCUUCUGCUCAGGUGGAGGCUUCUUCCUCAUUGGAGGCGUGAUGCUGUUCUUCGAUCGGGCCAUGCUGGCCAUGGGCAACAUCCUCUUCCUCAUUGGUCUCACGAUUAUCAUCGGCCCGCAAAAGACGCUCCUCUUCUUCGCCCGGAAACAAAAGGCAAAGGGCACGGCAGCCUUCUUUGGCGGCUUGUUACUCAUCCUCAUGCGCUGGCCGCUGAUUGGGUUCUGCGUAGAACUCUACGGAAUCAUGGUAUUAUUCGGGGAUUUCUUGGGCACCAUAGCCGGAUUCGCGCGGAACAUACCCGUCGUCGGUCCCUACAUUGGUGUUCUCGUGGAUAGAUCAGGUCUUGGAAGACGAAAUGCCGAGCUGCCCGUGUAA